ACGUGACUUGCCCUGAACAAUGGGCUGUUUGUCUGGACAAUUAGAAUGAGCGAAUGAAAAAUAAGGAGCAUAUUAACUUCUUUUUUGUACCCUUUACGCUUUCUUUGGUCAUCAUGUCCAUCAACUCACCUUUAUACCCACCAAGUUCAGCUACAGCAACUCAACAACCACCAGGUCUGUACGAGUAUCUUGCAGAACUAGUUUCGAAGCGUGUUGCGACUCUAAACUAUAUUCGAAAGACACACGAAGGCACAACGCACUGGUUCAACACUAUUUUGUUAACAAAAGAGAACCUUGUCAAUAUGUAUCCAAACUCAAAAAUGGCAAAAAGAACGUAUAAUUUUUAUGCGCUGGGUUUAUCUUUAGGAGCUAUUUUAGACAUCACAAAUCCUGUGGAUUAUAUCAAAGCUUUAAAUCAAAUCAUGAAUGAGUUUGAGAGACACACAAAUGAAGAGCCCAACAAAAAAAUGAAAAACAUAUUCAGAAAGGCAAAAUCAAAAGACGAGAACAGUUCUUUUGAUAACACAGGAGAUUAUGCGUAUUUAAUGAUACCGCAUAUUCCGUUUGAAAUGGACUAUUUCGAGACAUUUUUUACGUUGAUUGAUAUUAUGGCAGAAGCAUAUUAUAAACUGUUAGUGGGCACAGAAGGUCCUAUUUGUACACAGGCUUAUUUUGAGCUGGUUCUCAAAUGUGAUGCAAAGUUCAAGAAAAUCGUGACAACAAUCACAAAAGAAUUGGAUGUGUUGGCAAGAAAUGCAAUCAAGGACGAACUUAAACUCAUUGAUCCGCUCUCUCACCUAUCAAAGAUUUCUUCUAUUGAAUUAGACUCUGCCGAUAUAUAAGGAAAGUUUGAUUUAUACGUGUCAUCAAGGAGUUUCAAACAUAAAAAAAAGGGCUACUAAAUGGCUCAUCAUUUUUUCC